ACAGUUCCACGACCCUCAAUAACAACAGUAUUGCAGCCUUGAAGGCUGAAUGUGUAUAAAGGAGAGGAGCGCCGUUGCGGCUGCGUCCCAGUGCUGGAUUUCCUUGAAGGUCUGCAUCGCCUCUGCAGUGCCUUGGAAAACAUAAGGGCCCCCCAGAGACCGAGGGUUUCAGCAUUUACAACAGAUUCCACGACAUUGCAAAAACAAAAAUAAUGGAUAAGAAAAGUGCCAAUGGCUUUCCUUCCAAGACAUCUGAGAGUGGACUGCGGAGUAAACAGCUGCCGUAUUCUGUAGAGACGCCAUAUGGGUUUCACCUGGAUCUAGACUUCUUGAAAUAUGUAGAUGACAUUGAGAAGGGGAACACAAUCAAGAGGGUGCAUAUCCAGCGCAAGAACAGGGGCCCAAAAUACAGCACACUGCCACGCAACUUCAGCCUUCCUGGGCAUGGCGCUCGACCUCUAGCCAAAGAUACGUGGGCCAAUACUUCCACUUUAGGAUCAAAACCCAAGUCGCGUGUCACUGAAGUCCAGCAGCUUUUCGAGUUCCGAGCCAGUGAUGCCACUAGUUGUAGCAGUAGUGGAAGCUCCCCUGCCAGCCAGUCAAAAGUGCCUGUGAGUACUUAUCUCCCUUCUCCCAAGGCUGGGGAAGAGUUUCAAAUACAGACCUCCAAUGAACAGUCUAUGAGCAUUAAUGUCAGGCCUCACCUGUUUAGAGCCUCCAGCAUGCCUGUUAAUAUCCAACAUCAGAAAGGAUCAGACUCAACUGACGAACAGAGAUCCCAAACGCAAAAUGGCUUAGCAGAGAAACAUUUUCGGCCGGAGGACAGUGGCGACAGGAGAGGCAGUGUUCCCCAGGACAGGGCCAGCUUACACCAACAGAUAACAGUUGCACUGAAAAGGGUCAGAGAGUUAGAGGAGCAAGUCAGGACCAUCCCAGAGCUGAGGUCUCAAAUAUGCUCUCUUAGAGAGGAGAGAGAGCAACUUCUUCAAAGAAUUCUGCAUCAACAGUCCGAACAAAAUAUAUCUUUGCAUUUGGAGAGCAAUGUUCCUCAAAGUGAACUGCAAGACAAAGGUGUUCCUCCAGUUAUAAUAGAGCAGACAGAUACUUCCUCUCUUACCAAGGACACUACAUCUGAUCAUGGAAUGGAUCAAGUAGUUCAGUCAGACAAAACCACAGAACAAAAGGCAGAGAAACAAAACCUUGUGGCACAGAAUAUUGUAGAGCAAGAGUCUGACAAAUAUGAACUGGUAACUGAUACAGAGUCAAAUAAUAAACAACUGCCAGCUUUCGUGUCUGUCCCACUGAUACUCAUAGAGAAGGCAGAAACUCCUACUGAUCCAGAGGAAUCAGAGAGACUUUUACAGGAUUCUAAACUUCAAUCAGAAGAAUCAGAGAAUGUUUCAGAACGAGUUGAAAAGGAGGAAAAAUCAUCAGAGACUUUAUUAGAAGAUAAACAGUCCACUGUGUCAGAAGGGAUUUUAGAAUUAGAGGAAUCAGGUGCUACAUUUGAAUGUAUGUCCACUCAAGGAGAUGGUGAAAAAGCUGAGAAGGUUGAGGGAUCAAGUGAAAUUAUAAUUGCAGAUAAUACAAUCUCCCAAUCUGAUGAACAGAAUCUUUUCACAAACCAGGAGCUAGAAGUAAAACUGAAAAUUUUAGAAGAAACUUUAAGCAAGGCCAGUUGUGAACUAGAAAAGACAAACACAAUACUGAGGGAGCAGAUGGAUGAGAAUAAACAAAAGGAUAAGAGAAUACAGGAACUGAUGGACAGAGACAAGCAAAAAACUCAAGUGCCUUUGGAGACAAUUCCUGAACCAGUUGUCACUUGUGAUGCAUCAGUUAGUACAGACAGCAAAAGUGUCCUGGAGAAAGCAAUCUCAACAGAACCUCAACCCGAUGUUGGUUCCAAAGAAACAGACACAAAAUGCUCGAGCACUCAGACAAAGGUUGUGGAAGCAAGAGACAUUGAAGUCUUAGCACAAGUCACUACAGCAGAGAAAAUUGUGGGAGUAGAAAUUGUCAUGUGUGACCGUGCAAUGGAAACUGAAGUCCAGGAAGAUAUUGAAGAUAUCAGUCAUGCAGAAGUCUCUGAAGUGUUAGGGAACAUAGAUGCCAUAGAAGACAAUGAAACAGAGGGUGAUAUUGAAGAUAGUGUAUCAAGUCAGAUUAGAGAUACUGAAGUCAGUGAAACCGUGGUUGCAGAGAGUUACAUUGAAGAAUAUGUAAUGGUAGAAAGUGUCAUGAUUGAGACUAUGACCAGUGAAAGUGAAGUCUCUAAGCCCUUAGUCGCAGAGGAAGAAUCUGUUGAGAACACAGAUGUUGAAAUCACACUAUCAGACAAAACAAGAGUUGAAAAAGGUACAGGUUUACAAACACAACAGGAGCAUAAGGACACACAAGGAGAGGAACCCCACCUUCAGUCUCAACGGGCGCCAGAGCCCUCUGCUUCUCCUGCUGCAAUCGGUCAGGUUGUUAAUCGUAUACAGGGGCUUCUCAAUGAGCAGUGGGCUAGCUUAGGAAGUGGGGGCCAUGAUACAAAAGCAGAGUGCUCCCAGAAACCUCAUGCCUCUAAAAUGAGCUCCAUUCAAAGCCACCUGAGAGGCUCCCUUAGUGCCCUGUCUGCCUUCUACACACCAGUUCAGAAAGGAGGGUCUGCACGACAAUCAGGCUUAAAAUCCAUCAUGAAGAAAAAUGACUGUCCUGACAAGCAGGGCAAUGGAGGAGCGAAGAAGAACUUGAAGUUUGUUGGCGUAAAUGGAGGCUAUGAGACCACCUCCAGUGAGGACUCCAGUGGGGAGGAGGAUCAGGACGAGGGGGAGGAGGUGGAUAGCUCGGAGCCUGAGGUGGAGCAGGGAGAGGAGAGUAAAAUGGCCCAGGAGGAGGCUGCUGCUACUGGGGAGCAAGGUGACCGGGCUCAGGCAGAGGUGGCAGAGGGCUCUGAGGAGCCUGAUGCUUGCCAGGCCUCCAUGAGUUCCCAGGAGGAGCAGCCUGUCAGUGAGUUAGUUGAUAAGAACUUCAUGGCUGCUUGUCAUUUCCUGAAGAAUCGAAUGGCUGAAGUUGCUACACCAAAUAAAGAGAUGAGGCAAGUUCUGAUGGUGCUCUAUCAGGAGUGGUUCCGUGUUUCCAGUCAGAAGGAUUCAGAGGCUGACACAGUCACUCUGUACCUGAGAGAGGUGGGCUUCCACACACCCACUCUCCUGCGCUACAUAGUGAACCUGGCUGAUGGCAAUGGCAACAUGGCACUGCACUACAGUGUGUCCCAUUCUAACUUCUCUGUGGUUAAGCUGCUAUUAGACACAGGGCUGUGCGAGGUGGAUCACCAGAACAAGGCGGGCUACACUGCUAUAAUGUUGGCAGCUCUAACUGCGGCAGAGAGCCCUGAGGACAUGGAGGUGGCUCAGCAGCUACUUAGAAUGGGCAAUAUCAAUGCACGAGCCAGCCAGUCAGGGCAAACAGCACUGAUGCUUGCAGUUAGUCAUGGCCGAACAAUGAUGGUUCAGGUUCUUCUGGACUGCAGAGCUGAUGUGAAUAUACAGGACCGGGAUGGAUCCACUGCCCUGAUGUGUGCUUGUGAGCACGGGCAUGCUGAGAUAGCCAAAAUACUGCUGGAAAGUCAAGACUGUGACAUGUCACUCACAGAUAAAGAUGGACAAACAGCUCUGUCAGUAGCCAUGAAGGCUUCUCACUCUGAGAUAGUUGACCUUCUGAAAACUCACACCGAUCCACCUGCAGUCACAGAUCCUACAGCUCCACUCUGAGUGCAGAGGCCUUGUCUUCAUCCUGAACUGGCUCUGUCACGUUCAUCUUUCUACUGCCUCAACUAGACUCUGAUGGCCAGGCCAACUGUCAACAACAGAGAGACAGCACUUGCUAGAAAAUGCAGAUUCUCUACUUAGAGACAAAUGGCCAAUGAAAAAUGCACUUCUGUAGCUACACCAAUCAAAGAUGCCAUGGUUACAGAAGGGCCAUGGAGGGUGGGCUUCCCUAAACUUCCCUUAAGGUCCUCAAUUGUCCUGAUGCACAGCUACUGUAGCUAUUUUCAAGAUAUUACGUUUGUGUGUAUCAGGCAUGGUACAUUGCUACAUGUUUAGUCCUUCUAUUUUCAGGUAAUGUGACUAUAUUUUUUAUUAGGUGAUGAAAUGUAAUUCUGAAUUUUAUUAUGGAAAUUAUCAGAUACACACUAUAUUUAUUUAUUGUAUUGCACUUUUCUGUAACAUUUCCCCCUGGUAUGUAUCUGUGGCAAUGUUAUCUCAGUAUAACCUGAUGUGUCUUCCUAUAUGAGGGUUGUUGGGUCAGGCCCAAUAAAGAAAAUAAAGUUUCUUGCUUUUACAGGUGGAACAGGGAAAUGAGUCACAUAGUUACAUUAUGUUGCCAGAAUGUCUCCAUUCACAGUAUCUGUACAUCCCAGCAGAGAGCAAGGGACUGAUGAAAAAAAAAAAAAAAAACCUGAGAGGUGAUUUAAAAAGCUUUAGUAUGAUCUAUGAAAUGUUGCUGAUCAAUGAAAUGCCCUGUCCUUAUGUGAAUUAUUUUUGUUAAUACACCAAAAUGUUUCCUUUCAACAGAUUAGUUUCAAAUUAAUCUAUGACUAACAUAAUUUUUGGUAUCAGCUAACAUUUAUUCUAUGUCAGAGUUUACAGUAUACUCUAACCUGCUGCAAUACUAGCUCUUUCACAAUUAAAACUUCCUAUCCUGCAAACUGAACAUGAGUUUCCAAGUUCUCCAACAGACACCGAUUAAAGCAGAAUAUAAUAAUGGGCCGGAUUGUUGUCGCACUCUUUGUAGGCUACAUUGUACCUGUUGAAAUUAAGGCAUCAAACAUUGUGAUGAGAUAUGUUUAAUGACAAAUCAAUAAGUCAGCUGGACAAAGUAUAAAUGUAAAUAUCUUGUGGGAGGCGCUGUGAACUAAUACCCUGAAAUGUAACGACUAUUCAUCUAUAUUUUUGAGUAUAUACAGGUAUAUGCAUGGAAUAAAUAUUGAAUAAAUAAAAACAUGCAUUGAAUUUUUGUUUCUUCUUUGUGGUUUGAUUAAACAUCAACAACAAACAUAUUGUAAUGGAAGUGUUUUUUUCUUCAUUUUAAAACAUGAAAAGCCUACCGUAUUAUGAAUUAUAUAAUAUAGUUAAUUGGUUGCGCAUCAUUACUAACAACACCACUAUUACUC